UCUAUAAUGCAGGUUCAUCCAUUACAAGAGAAGCUUUUUCUAGACUGGUGGGGGGAGACAACAUCAUUCGUUCCAAACUUAGUAGUGGUGUUCUACUAUCAAGAGUGCCGUCAUGAUCUGCUGGCUUUCUGAAGUGUCUUGCAAAGAAGGCUAUGUCUACCUAUUGUCUACAUUCAGUUGUUUGGUGAGUGUCUUUGUCACUAUGAU